AUGGAAGAAGCUGGAAAAACUCUCAAAUACACAGAUGUAGAAGUUACCAGAAUGUGGAACGUUAAGACGAGCACAACACCGUUCAUAGUAGGCGCUCUGGGAACAAUCAAACAAGGACUCGACCAGCAUCUACAAUCAAUCCCAGGGAAUACAUCAAUGAAGUUAGUCCAGAACAGUCCCUGCGCGCAUUCUCCGCAAAGUGUUUAG